UUGACUCCACUCUCCCGCGAAUGAAAACCGGCCCGAAAGGACCAAUUGACCCCUCGUAUGCUAUUCCUGUCACCAACCAGGACACAUCACCCGCUGAUGGAAGAGGUCCCCAGGACGCAGGCUAUGUUAGUCCAAUUAUAGGACCCCAUGGAUCAUUUAAACUGAGAAGCGUACCUGUAGAGGGUGAGAGUGCGUAA